UAUCUGCAAGUCUUGCCCAGGACGCUAGGUCGCCUUGCCUCACAGGCCCGCGCUAGUGUUCAUUCUCUCUAUCCGUUGCAAGUUGAAAGACAUAAAGUAUGCUAGCGCGCAGCGCUCACGUGCAGCGCUGUGCAUGCAGCCAGCGCCGGCGCUUGUCGGUGUGGGGCCGGCGCAUACGCGCCCGCCCCGUAGCCCCCGCCUCGGCGUCCGCGCCCGCGGUCUCGUCAUCCAGCGGACCCCCACGACUGGUGGAUGUAAACGUCCGGAAAGCGUCCACCGCCGCGGAGCUGCGCGCAGCUGCCUACCUGCGCGCCAUCAGCUUCUACACCUACCCAGAGGGCCGGAGCGAGUUCGCGGCUCGGUCACACCGGCGCAUGAAAGCGGAUACGGAGUGGGAGACCGUCACCAAGAAAGUGGAAGGCCGCGAUGAAGCCUACAAGGACCUGGACGUGAGCUGCUUCGUGGCGUGUGUGGCGGACGACCUGGUGGCGCUGCCCGGGCCCGGCAGUAGCGCCGCCAGCGUCAGUGGCAGUAGCGGCGGCGACCCAGAUCGGCAGGAGCUGCUGGCGGCGCUGCGGGCGGGGCUGGACGCGUCGGCGCAGCUUCCUGCGGAUCCGGCAGCGGGUGUCAGCCGUCAGCUGGUGGUGGGGUCGUUGGAUCUGAACGUGGGGCACACGUUGCCGUCGGAGGAGCUGAUUGGCAGGCAGCCGAAGGAAGACCCGCGCCACCGGAGAGCCUACCUAAGCAACGUGUGUGUGGCGCCGGCGGCGCGGCGGAUGGGCCUGGCGCGGGCGCUGCUGCGCGUUGCGGAGGAGGAGGCGCGCAGCAAAGGUGUGCAGUGGCUGUACGUACAUGUGGUGGCAGACAACCAGCCCGCCGUGAAGCUGUACUGUGAGGCAAUGGGGUUCGAGGUGGAGCAGGCGGAGUCGGAGGGUUACGCACGCUCGCUGCAGCGGCCCCGGCGAUUGAUUCUUGCAAAGGAACUUGCGUGAGGCCGCGAAAGGGAUGGGCGUACGGGUUGCUUGUCGUGGGAAAUGGCUCGGAACGACCGCUGGGCGUGGGCGUGCAUGUAUGAUGUCUGAUACUGGUGGACAUGCCGGGAUAUAGGGCAAUACCGGUACGUACGACUUGAGUAAUGGGGACCGCCAAUGCCCACCCAUGGCCCUAGGUCGACUAGCAAGUAAUUUGGCGGCAAGGUCUUGGGCUGCUUUCCCGGGGCAUUCUGCAUGUGAAUUCGUGCUAGAUAGCAGUGCCGUGCCGUGCAAGUGUGUGCAUACGGCGAGGGCAGCGAGGUAGGUUGGACGACCAGUGUUAACGGCAAGGAGGAUGGCUGGAAAUGAUGGCUGGGAACUAUGGCUGGGAGCUAUGGCAAGCAAGGGCGUGUCAUCGUGCGCCCAUGCUUGCAAGUGCAACGUUGCAACCUGCACGGGGGGGGGGCGCAGGAGGAGCGUACGCUGUGUGUGUGUACACGAGUUGGCGGUGCGGGGGGGUUCGAGUCGGGCCGGGCGUGUCGCUGUGUGUCCCAUCGGUAAGCGACCAUAGUCGCGCGCUGUU